CUUGUAAACAGUCUGGCAACGCUGUGCAUGGCUGACAAGUGACAACACACUCCCCGCCCGCCGCCCGCACACCGCCGCCGCCUUCCUCCUCCUGCCGCCGCUGCCGCCCUACUGCCCGGGGACCAUGGGUCUUCUUUCCCUUCUGAGGAAACUUAAGUCUGCCCCAGACCAGGAGUUGCGUCUCCUGCUGCUUGGGCUUGACAAUGCAGGGAAAACAACACUACUUAAGAAGUUAGCAUCAGAGGACAUAACUCAGACAACUCCCACUCAGGGGUUUAAUAUCAAGUCUGUCCAGUCAGAUGGCUUCAAGCUCAAUGUGUGGGACAUUGGUGGCCAGCGGAAAAUUCGUCCCUACUGGAGGAACUACUUUGAAAAUACUGAUGUCUUGAUAUACGUAAUUGACAGUGGUGAUCGAAAACGUUUUGAAGAAACAGGUCAAGAACUUGGAGAAAUUCUUAGUGAAGAAAAACUAGCAGGAGUUCCAGUCCUGAUAUUUGCCAAUAAGCAAGACCUCUUCAAUGCUGCUCCAGCCUCUGAGAUAGCCGAGGGCCUGCAGCUGCAUACCAUUAGGGAUCGCACCUGGCAAAUCCAGGCCUGCUCAGCAACCUCUGGCGAGGGAGUCAAGGAUGGCCUUGAUUGGGUUUGCAAGAAUCUGAAGAAAAAGUAAGCUCCUAGUCAGUAGGAUCUUCAGCACAGCAUAUUCCGUCCAUUGACCACUGCCCCAUCUCCUGUGGGAGGAGGCGUGGCUGUUGCUUCAGGGAGCGUCUGCACCAAAAAUAUUUUGUUCUAGUCUUGACCAAAGAAAAAUAAUUCUAGUCAUUUUCA